GCUUCAUUUUCGCUGGUCAGCACCGACUGUAUUAUAGGCAACAUAAAGGCUGUAGAAAAAGAUGUCUCAUGUAACCAAGGAGAUGGGAAACACAUCGGCAGUGACAUCUUUCAUACUGACUGGCUAUUCUGAAAUGGAAACGUUGGCACAGUUGUAUUUCUCUGUUUUCUUUAUUUUGUACAUCUGCAUCCUUGUCAGCAAUUCAGUUCUUAUUGGAGUCAUUUACACUGUAAAACUGCUGCAUGAACCUAUGCAUUUACACAUAUGUAACCUGAUGUGUAACGGACUGUAUGGUAGCACAAGCCUGUUCCCUUUUCUCCUCAAACAUUUGUCAUCGCAAUCUCACGAGGUAUCAGUCGCUGGUUGCUUAGCACAGGUGUUUUGUUUACAUACCUUUUCCAUAACUGAAUUUACUAUUUUGGCUGUAAUGAGUUACGACCGGUACAUCGCCAUUUGUUACCCAUUACAAUAUCACAGUAUCAUGUCUGCUAGAAGACUGCGUUCUCUCCUUGCAUUUUCUUGGUGUUAUCCCUUUGUUACAUUCGGCUUGUAUUUCGUACUAACUGUACGACUCACAUUCUGCAGUAGAGUCAUAUUUAAAGUAUACUGUGCCAAUUUUUUUGUGCUGAAACUCUCCUGCAAUGAUAUAACGGUUAACAAUGUUAUUGGUCUUUUAACAAUUGGCGUCUUUAUAUUACCCCAGGUUAUAACUAUCCUCUUCUCCUACACUCAGAUACUCAUAAUCUGUAUGCAUUCAGGUGCAGAAUCUCAGGGCAAAGCCCUUCGUACCUGUGGACCGCACUUAUUGGCAGUCAUCAAUUAUUGCGUUGGCUGCCUUUUUGAAGUGAUUCAGAGCAGGUUUAACAUGAGUCACAUGCCUUACGAAGCUUAUACCUUCCUGUCGCUGUACUUUUUGAUUUUCCCUCCGCUGUUAAACCCUGUUAUUUAUGGAGUGAGCAUCCGGACCAUAAGAAUCCAAAUCAUCUGCCUGUUCAGAGGCAAAAGUAGGCUGUCACCAGUGGUUAAAAAAUAGAAUGUGCAGUGUGAGUUUUCUAUUAUGUUGCUAUCUGGAAACGUUUAAUUGCCAGUAUGUAUCGCAGAACAGUUAAAAUCCAGUUACCGGGAGCUCAGUCAAGCCGUAUGCUAAAGUGCUGAUGUUGGUUCAUGGUGUUUAUAGGCCUUGUAGAACUGCUGUUUUCCAGUUUAUUUGCUGAACAUGUUAUACUUGAAUGCAAAAUUCUAAAUCUGUAUAAUACUCUGUGUA